UUGACUCAUUUUCAUACUCGACAAACAUUGUAUGUUCUCCAAUCAUCAAGCCCUAGAAGACCAAAAGCUUUCCUUUUCCAUAACAGAAAUGGAGCUCAGACCAGGAUUAUCGGCUCUCGUCACCGGCGGAGCCUCCGGAAUUGGAAAAGCUCUCGCUCUAGCUCUUGGAGGCAAAGGAAUAUUCGUGACGGUGGUUGAUUUCUCCGAGGAAAAGGGAAAUGAAGUGGCGAAUCUUGUUCGGAAGGAGAAUGAUAAAUUCCAUUCGAAUUUGGAUUUCCCAUCGGCUAUAUUCAUAAAGUGCGAUGUAUCAAGUUCAAGGGAUUUGGCUGCGGCGUUUGAGAAGCAUGUAGGGACAUACGGUGGAUUAGAUAUAUGUAUAAAUAGUGCGGGUAUUGGUAAUCCGAUUCCGUUUCACAAGGAUCAAAGUGAUGGUCCUUCUUCAUGGAGAAAAGUUCUUGGCGUUAAUCUCGUUGCUGUUGUUGAUUGUACCCGUAUCGCGAUUAAAAUCAUGCAAGCUGCAAAAAGACCCGGUGUGAUCAUCAAUUUGGGGUCCUCUGCAGGUCUUUAUCCUUUGUAUUCCGACUCUAUCUACACUGCCUCUAAAGGUGGUGUUGUUAUGUUUACUAGAUCACUUUCUCCCUUUAAACGUCAAGGCAUUCGUAUUAACGUGUUGUGCCCUGAAUUUGUUGAAACUGGCCUGGGUUCAAAGGUGGGUCCCAAAUUUAUUGGCUUAAUGGGAGGCUACGUGCCUAUGGAAACGGUGGUUAAAGGUGCUUUUGAGCUUAUUACCGAUGAAAGUAAAGCUGGUGCCUGCCUAUGGAUAACAAAUCGCAGAGGCACUGAGUAUUGGCCAACUCCCUUGGAAGAAGCAAAAUACUUGGUUGGCUCUUCUGCGAUGAGAAAAAGAACAUCUUCACAGAAAUUUCCUCUAGACUUUCAACUUCCACAUAAUUUCAAGAAAAUAAUUGUCCACACUUUAACCCACAAUUUUCGAAGUGCUACCCACAUUGUCCACUCGCCAUUAAGGUUACCAAUUGAACCGCAUCAUGUUCUUCUGAAAAUCAUUUAUGCUGGUGUAAAUGCUAGCGACGUAAAUUUCAGCUCUGGGCGUUAUUUCAGUGGCAACAGCAAUGACCUUGGCGCCCGUCUUCCAUUUGAUGCUGGUUUUGAGGCUGUGGGGAUAAUUGCAGCAGUAGGGGAUGCUGUCACUAACUUGGAAAUUGGUACUCCUGCUGCAGUCAUGACAUUUGGAAGCUAUGCUGAAUUCAUGAUGGUGCGCUCAAAUCAUGUCCUUCCUGUGGCAAGACCAGAUCCAGAAGUUGUUGCCAUGCUUACUUCAGGAUUAACAGCAUCAAUUGGUUUAGAAAAGGCGGGACAGAUGGAAUCUGGAAAGGUAGUUUUAGUUACUGCUGCUGCAGGGGGGACGGGGCAAUUCGCGGUCCAGGUUGCAAAAUUAGCUGGAAAUAAAGUGGUUGCAACCUGUGGGGGUGAGCAAAAGGCUACGCUUCUGAAAGAAUUGGGAGUUGAUCGAGUCAUAGACUACAAGGCUGAAGAUAUUAAAACCGUUCUAAAGAAUGAGUUUCCUAAAGGUGUUGACAUCAUCUACGAGUCUGUGGGUGGUAAAAUGUUUGAUUUGUGCUUGAAUGCUUUGGCAGUUUAUGGUCGACUCAUAGUAAUUGGAAUGAUUUCUCAGUAUCAAGGAGAGCAUGGAUGGAAGCCGUCAAAUUAUACAGGAUUAUGUGAGAAGAUUUUAGCAAAAAGCCAAACUGUGGCUGGUUUUUUCUUAGUACAAUACGCUCACUUGUGGCAAUCACAUUUGGACAAAUUAGUUAAUCUUUACUCUAUGGGAAAGCUGAAGGUUGUGGUUGACCCAAAACAAUUUUUGGGCCUUAAUUCCGUUGCAGACGCUGUCGAAUAUCUCCAUUCUGGUAAAAGUGUUGGAAAGGUGGUUGUUUGCAUCGAUCCAAAGUUCAGUAAACAAAUGGCGAAAUUGUGAUGAGAUGAUGUCAUCACAGGCAGUUUUCUUGAUUCUGAGAAUACAUGAACACUUGCUAAGAGAGGCCAGCAGGCACGAAUAAUGUUUUCAGUUCUCGAUCGCAAACCAAGAUUCAAGAAUAAGCUAAAUAACAUUUUAAGUCAAGUUGUCGUCUUUGGCCGAAAGACAACGUUUAUGGAUUCAAAAGCCCUUGGAAGCAGGCGUUGGAGUUGUUUGACACCAUGAUUGUAAUUUGAGCCGGAUUUGAGCUUCACUCAAUAAAUUUGUUGCUCUCUUUUUAUACCAGGAAGUAAUUUAGAUGGAAUUUCUACUUAAAAGUAUUUAUACUUUGAUAUUAAUCUUUUACAUGUAACCUGAAAACAAUAUAGAAAAAAUAAUGUAGCUUGCUGUUGCAACCGUUUGUGUUUAUUUAUUGAUUGCGGCAAGUCUUAUAGACGAGUAGUUUGAGUAGGAAAUCCAGGAGCAGAUGUCGAAUGUAAAGAAAACCGGUAGGCUUGCACUUUGAACUGAA